AUGAACCCUGGUUUAAUCGAACUGGGCAGGCGACGGGCGAAGGAAACGAAGGAAACGAAAAUGCUGGCAUCCAGAGCUCUUAGACUCGUCAGCAAACGUGCUAUUUCAACCUCUGUUUGUCUACGUGGGGGACAUGGGGUUGCCAAAGUUGACGACUACGCACUCCCUGUCUACUUUGACAGGCGUGAGAAUCCUCUACCAGAUAUCAGCUUUGUGCAGACUCUAACUCCAGAGCAGAAAUCCCUCAAAGAGAAGGAAAUGGGCUCCUGGGCAUCUCUGUCCAAUGAAGAUAAGAUUGCAUUGUACCGGAUCAGCUUCAACCAGAGUUUUGCUGAGAUGAACAAAAGCUCAGGAGAAUGGAAGUCAGUGAUGGGGGGAAUCCUGUUUUUCAUUGGUUUCACUGGCUUGGUUGUGCUCUGGCAAAGGAAAUAUGUGUAUGGGCCAGUCCCACCUACAUUUGAUCCUGAACAUAAAGCAAAAGAGUUGCAAAGGAUGCUGGAUAUGAGAAUGAAUCCAGUUGAAGGUUUUUCGGCCAAGUGGGACUAUGAAAACAAGCAGUGGAAAAAGUAA